CACGCAUCGGCCAACCACGCCUGAGCAGGCCCAAUCAACAAUCAAUAAAAUCAUCAACUUUAGAGCGGGGUAGGGUCGCCAAAACCAGUUGGGUAUCUCUCCAUGAUCAGGAGAUUUUAGAAGAUUGAGGAAAAUGGCUCAAAUAAGUUAAUACUGCAAUUAGGCAAAGAAACCCAAGAGAAUGGAGCGCAUAUCGAAGAAAAGUGUCGCUACAUCAAAGCCAUUCAAGUUUAUCGUUGGUCCUCAACGAACAGAAUUCACCAUCCAUUCUGCGCUUGUUGGCCAUCAGUCACCGGCUCUCUUGGCACUUGUGAAUGGACAAUUCAAAGAGUCAUCGGACUGUUCUGUCAAGUGGGACGAUAUCGACGAGAUAGUCUUUACUAGCUUCUGGCAGUUCGUAUACACUGGGGACUACGACACUCCGGAACCGUUGCCACCAGCCACGACAACUUCCAGCAAGGGCAAAGAAGAGGCGCACAACCAUGAUGAGCCGCUUGCUGAAACACCUUUCAGCAAUGAGCCUAUCGAAGAAACACCCACCGUUGAUGAAGUAUAUAUGAGUACCUUUGAAGAAGAAUCCGUCGCGGCCGCUGAACCUACCUCCGAGGAUUAUAUUGAAGCGAAACCUCCUGCCACUCGGUAUCCAUCCCUUGCAAGAAUGAAGAAAAAGAAGAAAUUGGGCUGGGAAGUCCGUAAAACAACACUCUGGGAGGACUUUCAGGCCUCGUGGGAAUACCCCAGCCAAGUCCCCGAAGUCGACAGGGCAUUGAAAGUUUGUGCAAACCCAUUGGUGCACCACGCCAGGGUUUACACAUUGGCAGACCGUUAUUGGGUUACGAGGCUCAUGCAGAUUUCUCACGAGAAGAUUCACGGAAGCUUGGUGAAUCUUCGCUUGGACGAAAAGGCUAGUGGUGAU